AUGCAAUUAGGUCUAUCAGAAGCUCUACCGGCACUGGUUGCCAGACGAUUUACAGCUGCCCGAGAUGCUGGUCAUCUCAUUUUCUCCAAAACCCAUCUGUCAAUCAUCAAUGCCGCAGGGAUAUCGUACCAACUCCGCUACUGCCCUGCACUAGCAAAGAAACCCUCCAACCUAAAGCCCGACAAUGCACCAAAAUUACAGAAGCCCGAUCCCUUCGAGAAUCCGUCUCCAGAUCUUUUGAUCGCCCAGUUCCCGCCUGAGAAUCCCGCCUACAACCUCAUUCUCAACAAGUUCCCCGUCAUCCCAAACCACUUCCUACUCGUGACAAAGGACUGGCAAGCACAAACCGAUCUCCUCGAGAAAGCCGAUCUAGAAGCAACAUACGAAUGCCUGAAGGCCUGGAACACUAAGGAUGACAGCGAUGCCAGUCUCUUCGCUUUCUUCAACUCCGGCGACGACAGCGGUGCCAGCCAACCGCACCGCCAUCUCCAAUUUCUCCCUGUCGAAGACAUGCGCCAACCGGGUUCAGAAAACUGGCAUCCGCUGAUCGACCUCCUCGCCACGGAACUAGCCUCGCCGUCCCCGUCCUCACCCCCCAAAUUCAAACACCUAUCCGGCCUUCCCUUCGCCCACUUCGCUCUCCCCCUCCCUCCCAACCCCUCUGCCGACACCCUCCACUCAAUCUAUAUAACCCUUUACAAAGCUGCCGCGGCCGCAACCCGCGCCGGCUCAUCGGGGCAAGACAACGAGUCCGUCUCUACCCAGGGACCUGCUUCGAUAAGUUAUAACCUCGCCAUGACGCGUUCGACUAUGUUGAUUUGUCCGCGCAGACAGGAGACGGCACUAGUGCCUGUUGACCACGUGGCAGCGCGGGAUGUCGUGGACCCCGGUUUGCUGUCGUUAAAUGGAACCAUUCUAGCCGCUACCCUGAUGGUUAAAGCUCAGGGCGAGUGGGAUUCUUUGCGCGAGAACCCAGAGCAUUUGACGCAGGUGCUGGCUACUGUUGGAUAUCCGCGGACGGACUCAAGGGGUCCUUCGCUGUGA